CUGUUACCCAUCUUUAUGAGCUGCAUCACUGAGCUAAGGUAUCUGCAAUGUGUACGACUAGAAUUGGGCACUGACCGAUGGAGAAGACGAUACUCAACUAGAUAUCUUUCUCGCGUCAUACAUCUCGAUCCUGAAGGGGCCCCGAUAAGACAAAAUGGCAACUAUACACAAGCUAUUCAAGUCACCCUUCUUCGACUUCGAGUUCCUUCGUCUCCUGGCCAUGGCGCCACACGAAGGAGCCGAGAUCGGAGAAGUCUUAGAAGCAGCAGCCAAGAUCAAGGACCAAGAUCCAGAGUCAUGGUACAGCACUCUUCUCGAAACCGGUAGCAAGGCAGAAGCCAUCGCAAAAGAAGCCGAGGCCUCUGGAGAUCGUGUCGGUGCACGACGAGCGUACCUGCGCUCCUCCAACUACCUUCGCGCCGCGCAGUUCAUGCUCAACGAAGGCCCGAUCGGACAAGACCAAAGAGUCCUUCCAACAAUCGAACGAGCCAUUGCCAAUUUCAGAAAGGGCGUCCAGUAUCGUGAUGGAAAGACGAUCUUCUUGGAGAUCCCAUAUGAGGGCGGAAAAACGUUGCCUGGAUAUCUCUACCUGCCGCCUGCCUCCCGGCGCAUCCCUGGUCGCAAAAUCCCUAUCCUGCUCAACUCGGGCGGGGGCGACUCGACUCAGGAAGAAAUCUACUUUGUCAACCCGGCUUACGGGCCGGAUUUAGGCUACGCAGUCCUUACGUUUGAGGGACCCGGCCAAGGAAUCGUCCUCCGUCGCGACAAGCUGCCAAUGCGCCCGGAUUGGGAAUCCGUCACGGGUCCCGUCUUGGAUCACCUCUUCGAAUUGGCUACGCGCCAUCCCGAACUUGAGCUGGACCUCGACCACAUUGCCGUUACUGGCGCCUCGAUGGGGGGCUACUUUGCCCUCCGUGCGGCCGCCGACCCCCGGAUCAAGGCAUGCGUGAGCGUGGAUGGAUUCUACAGCUUGUCGAGCUUUGUCGGAGGCAGGAUGCCGGGGCCGCUCUUCAAAGGCUUUAUGAGUGGCUGGCUCUCGGACUGGAUGUUCAAUGGAAUCCUCAGCGUGCUCAAGAGGCUUGAGUUUCAGGCCCGAUGGGAGUUCAACCACUUACAGUGGGCCACCGGCUCCAAGACGGAUGCGGAUGUCAUGCGUAGCUUUGGCGCCUACACUCUGCAAAAUGCAGACGGCACCGAAUACUUGGCUGACGUGAAGUGCCCGACACUGGUAACGGGAGCAGGGGCAAGCUUCUACUUCAACCCCGCCACGACGACAGACAAGAUCUAUGAGUGCUUGACGAGUCUCAAAGACGGCGUGGAUAAGGAGAAGUGGAUUGCUACGGAUGUCGCGUAUGGAGGGCUCCAGGCCAAGAUUGGUGCGUUUGGAUAUUCGGCACAGAAAACAUUUGAGUGGCUCGACCAAAGGUUUGAGAUUGAGAGGGAGCAUUUGACAGCCAGCUCGAGGUUGGAAGACCUGGUGAGCAGUUUGUGAGAAUCAGCGUUUAACGAUGGCCAAUAGUCAGAGAAAUUUUAGUCAUGUUCUACGAAUAAUAAGCAAUGACUCCU